AUGGAUGCAAAGGAUCCCACCGAGGGCGACAAUUCCACUAAUGUCAACACUGAUGCGCUUCUGAUGGAGGCAGAGGAGGACAUUGAACAGGACGAGCCUGAUUGGGGGCUUGAAGGAGAUGAUGAAGCAUUCCGUGAUGGCAUCGAGACUGCUGGGCGGGUAACUCGCACCCAAGCAAGCGCUAAGCGCUCGGUUGACCGUGUUCGAACAUUGAUCUCACUGCUGCGAAAAUCUACCACUGCUCGUGACAUCAUGAAUGAUAUCCUUGAUUACAAGCUCCAAUACGAAGAGUUUCAGCGUGCGGUGAAAUCGACAUUGCCUCCGAACUCACCAGUCUAUAAGGUAGUCGAGAACUGUCGGCUCAGUCACACUGAUUAUCGCGUCCUCCAAGCCGUGUACGAUGCCCUCAUGCCAUUUAAAUUAUGUACUGACUGGUUGAGCGGGUCGAAGUAUCCUACCUUACCUAACCUUCUCAUCGCUAUCGGCGCCAUUAGGCGAAAACUUGAACGCGAUGAACCAGAGGUUCGCACGGUAAGAGACCUCGAGGAUGUGCUUCUGGACCGCCUAAACCACUACUUCGCCUACUUGACUGAGAGCGACUUUGUGAAGGCUGCGUACUAUCUCAACCCUACGACUCGAUCUCGCCAGCCCGCUAAUGACCCGUAUCAUGUAAGUGACGUGGAGGGGCGAAAAGCAACACUUAAAUGCUUAGAGGCUCUCAAUUUGGAUAAAUGUGAAGAUACGGAGAAGAAGACUAGUGAGAUGGACUCGCAGCAGAAGCCAGUGGACUCGUUCGACAGUCUCAUCAAUGACUUUUUCGACCAGCCGGCAGAUCAACAGCACCAUCGAAUGAGUGCCGAGGAGCGUUACGAGGAUGAGAUGAUGACUAUCUUCUGUGAAUACGAGAUGAGAGCUCGCAGUUUCGCUGUCCCAUCGGACAGUAGCUCCCCGCCUAAGAAGAAGACCAAGCACGCUGAGAGGGAUGCCAAAUCAUCCCGCUACGAGCGUUUCUGGAUACGCUGUGAUGACUUGUCGCCUGCCCCUCACAUGCUGGACACACUUUCCACGACUCUGAUGGCAAUGGAAAGCUACCUGAAAAAUUCGAAAAAUUUCUCAAAAAAAAACUGA